GGAAGGUGGUAGAUAUUCGGUUGAUUUGGGUAACCUCCAACGCAAUCGAAGAAACGAGAUUGGGAGGAAGAAAUCCCGCAAAGGUAAAGAACUUGCCGGGUCUUCAUCUCAAAGUCGAGAUGAUUUUGAAACGGGUUACCAAAGGCGAGAUGGAGAUGCGAUGUCCGAAGAACAACUCCAACAAGAAUUGGCCCGACAUCAUAACCGCUUUCUACAACAACAACAAAUGCCGACGACCAUUGACGAAGAGGAGCUUGAGGAUGAAGAUGCGGAGGAAUUGGAACCGGAGACGGCCGAGGAGGAGGGUGCCGGCAGCCACGACGCCGACGCGCCUGCCUCAUCCCAAACCGCCACCGGUAAUAAAAAAAGUAAGUCUGAACUAAUGAAAAAUAAUUUUGAUAAAUGGAAGGACCCACAAACCGGCUAUUGGCACGCAACUUGCAAGUGGUGCAACAACAAUUAUAGUUUGGGAACCUCCAGCGGAUACGGAUCUGCCGCAAGGCAUCUUAAGGCAAAGCACCCCGUGGAGUAUGCAAAAUUAGGCGGCGGAACGGGGAAGCAAACUCAAAUAUCGAGAUUGCGUGAGUUGUGUGGUGCCAAUACUUUGAUGGGUAGAUUUUUCCAUCAACGGUGUGCAUGCCAUGUUAUAAAUUUAUGUGUGCAAGACGGUUUAAAAGCGUUAGGAGAUUCCAUGGAGGUAAUCAAGGGGGG